CGGCGCUGAGCCAAAAUCGGGCCUGGUGCGCGCGCGGGCGUCAUUUCGGCUGCCCUGCGCACGCGUACAGCAUCGCCUGAGUGGUAGGCAUCGAGCCCCGAGCCGUGCGGACCACCAUAACGGUACGGGCACACAGCCACCAGCUUGGCCCCAGCCCCACCGCCGCCGUCGCGGCGCCGGGCUGCCCUCAUCAAGAUGAUGGGCCCACCCCCCAUGCAAUCGGCCGAUUCCAAUGAAGACGCCGCGUCGUUACAUGCUCAGAUUUCCGCUCUGAAGGUCAUGCGAAGGCGGAUGAAGGCGUUUCGGCGGAGGAAGCGGCAGCGAGUCGAAGAGCCCGAGGACGACGUGUCCCUGAUAACAGCAGAAUCAAUAAGAGAGACCGGGGCGUCGUUAUAUUCCGCAUCCAGGAUAGAAGAUCGGCUGCCGCCGCGACUCCUCGAGGUGUGUUAUGACGCACGCACUGAAGGAAGCGCGGGGCCGCGCGCGCCUUUGUCGUUGCAACGGCUCCACUUCGCGGCGGACCACGCUACCGGAGAACCGAUAAGACGCUUAAUCAUGGGGCCCUGGCGCCGCGACGCGUCGCAAUUGCGACGAGUAGUGGCAUCGUGCGACCGCCUCGAAUUAUUGGAUCUGGCACCUUGCAUCCCAAGGUACGGUCGCGUGGAGACGGUCUGGCCCUCGUCACGAGCUGCUACGACCGAUCACAACGGUCCCGAUGAUUACGCGCUUUCGGUACUAGCCAUGGCUACGCGUGAAAGGAUCGACGGCCUCCGACCUCUAAAACUGAAAGCUUUGGGCUUAGCGCGGUGCGUCAACGCGUCGUCGGAUGGUAUUGGAUAUUGUAUAAGGGAGCUGCUCUCUACACUGGAACGAGUCGACGUCUCGCACUGCCUCCUCGAGCGAGGCUUCGCGCGGUGCUUCGCCGAUCCCAUCACGCCGUCUAUAUUGAAAGAGGUCGUCCUCGAUCGCACGACGCAGGACGACGGGGCCUGUGCGUGCAUUGGAGAGGGCUGCCCUCUACUUGAACGGCUGUCGUUGUGCGGUUGUACUGACGUUUCCGAUGGAGGUGUCCUCACAUUAUUGUCUGGAUGUUCCCGUUUGAAUGACCUGCGCGUGUCUCAAACAUCGGUAAGUGGCGUCUGCUUCGUCGACCAGUCGGCGCCGUCGCAAUCAGACGUCGCCGUUGUGGUAAGACGCCCGUCCCUGACAACGUUGGACCUGGGAGACUGCCCCUUACAUGAAUUUAGUGUGAGGUGGGUCGCGGCGGCGUGCUCUUCCCUCAGACGACUGCGAGUGUGCGGUUCGCGAGUCGACGACCAAGGUUUAUUACCGCUGUCCGCGUCGUCGGCCCCGCAGCGGCUCGAGGCUUUGGAUCUGUCUGGCUGUUCCCAGAUCGGUCUUGACCAAGGAAGAGCGCUGUCCGCACUCCUGAGGCGCCACGCACUCACGCUGAGACACAUUGACGUGCGCGAGACGAAGGUAGGCAUGGCGUGUUUGCGGACCUGCUUUGAACUGCGCCUCGACUCGUUGAGGAUCGACGCGGUCCAUGCCGCUUCCGAUGCUUUAUUUGGCGGUCCGGCGAGGGCCGCCGUAGCACUCAACAGCGCGACGAGAGGCCUGUCUCAAAGUUCCUUCGAGUGCACGGCGGACAUGGGCCCCAUGGUGUCCAUAUCGGACGACGCUGAGAAAGAACGAAAGUUAGAAAGAAGGAAGUACCGGGCGUCCUUUAGAGCUUCACUUGACGAGCCCCCGAUGCACAAUAGACCGCUAGCUCUUGAGAUAUUAACGGUAGCAAGGUGUCCGAGGUUCGACGCGUCGUGUUUGAGUUGGCUCGCACCGAAAUUGAAGGACCUGCGGGUCUUCGAUGGGUCCGAGGCGGAAGCGUGCCACACCGACGCGAGUGUCUGGUGCCUCGCGAAGCACUGUCGCCAGUUGAAAGUGUUGCUACUGGGACGCGCACAACCGCGGGACGACGGUCUCGUCCUCUCCAGCAGUUCAGGAGCGUUUCUGACGGAUGCUGCUAUACAUAGUAUAGGCGAGCACCUGCGCCACUUGGAGCGACUCGACGUGUCCUACCACGCCUUCAUCACUGGAUUAGGAUGGCAAAACUGGCCGGGCAACCACCCCUACCUACGUUGUCUGAAGAUGAGGGGGUGCACGGCACUCACAGGUAAGGGUCUCCAGUGCGUCGUGCGAGCGGCUCCCUCGUUAAUUGAUGUGGACCUCGAGGGCUGCUCCCUCGUAACAGAUAUGACGGUGUUGGCAUCGCAACGGUACGCUAUUGCCUCAAAACAUGGCAUCGAGCCGGCUUCCGAUGCGGCUGCUGUUGAGGCAAGAGACGCUUAUUAUGCAAGGUUACACUUGGAACACAGAAGUCAAAUCUGGGUCUGCUGCGGCUGGAGGUUAAAGUGGUUCUUCCAGCGCUGUAAGCGACGAGCGGCCGGUGCUGUUAUUAAGAGGAAUAUAUGUAUCUACCACGAGAGAGUCAAGGAUCGGUUCCGGUUGCGCUUCAAGCACCUCGUGACGUAUAAGAGGAUCUUGAUGCGGUUCUCGGCGAUGAGGAUUCAAUCGUAUGUGAGAAGGCGCAAGGCACGCUACCUGUACAACUCUGCAGCAAGGAUCCAGCGGUUCUACCGGUCGCGCAAGAACGAGUGGCUCCAGACCUUUUUGCUACUCGUGAACGCGUCGCAGAAGUUAGUGGCCAAGGUCUACCGGGGCUACAAGUCGCGGAAGGAGCUGCCUUUAUCUGUUCUGCGCAUGCUCAAGCUCCACGAGAGGGAGCUCGAGUCUCAAAAGAACCUCACGGUCCGUGACUCAGCGUGAAAAAUGAACUUGAACUUGACGUGGUCGAGGCGAUGGCGUCUUCAUGAGACGGCACCGCGUCGAUGGCGUCGUCACGAUCGCACGAGCGUCGACGCGCCUCGGUCCCGCGCAGGCGACGCAGAUCCGGCGCGAGGACCAGCACUUCGCGCAUAUUGUGUCGCAGAUCCGCGGCCACGUCGAUGGUUUGAAGGGCGACCUACGGCGUCAUUUCGUGGACCACGCGGACGAAAGUCGCGAGGAGAGAAAUGCGAGAAUCAUGCGCGAGAAGCCGGCGCGCUUCGACGGUGAGGAUGAAAUUAGUCUGCCGCUAUCGCGGAAGCGCCGCGUGCCGGUCUACGGGAAUAGCAGAGCGGCUUCUUUCAAUGAACAAGCGGCUCGCGCGGGGAACCCCCAUGUUUUUGGGGAGCCGGUGCGGACUCGGCGUCUGUAACUUCAAGUUUGCGUCGAUGGCGUCUUCAUGACACCACGUCGCCGCGACGCCCUCGACGUGGCCGUCAGAGAGUCCGCGCCGCGCAGGUCUGGCCCGAGCCGCCGCCCAAGAAGUUCGGCGAGGUCAUCUCCGACUUCGACCCGGCGGCGGCGGGCUACGAGGCCCAAGCGCUGGCCGUCGAGCGGGCUGCUCAGGCGGCGAUGAGUGGCGGUGCCGCGGUGCACAUCGGCGGUGCUGACUCAGCGUGGAAACACGUCGCCUCGACGCCGUCGACGCGGUCGCACGAGAGUCCACGCGUCUCGCGAGAGAGCUGUCCGUUCCACGCAGGCGCGGGCUCCGUCGACAUGUCCGGUGUACAAGGAGAUGAAGUGGAACGACGACGCCUCCCCUGGGCCUCCGGUUCGUUGGACGGGCCCGACUCGCUCCUCCCGACGCUGCGCGCCGCGCGCCUCGCGCAGAAGAAACAAGCGUUAAUCUUAGACAAGUCGAGGUCCGACACGGAGGCGCGGCAGCUCGAGGAGAAGAAGCGGUUGGCCGCGGCGCUCGAGGAGGCCGAGGAGGAGGCUCGUCUCGCCGAGGAGGCCGCGUUACUCGUGUCGGAGGACGAGAGUGAUGCGGCUACUCUCAUCUCCGCCAUGAUCCGCGGCAUGUGGGCGCGCGUCGAGGCGGACAAGUUACGUGCAACGUAUGAGCGGGACGUUGAAGCUAGAGAGAACAGAAGGAUCUUCAGAGCGGCUUCUCAGAUCCAAAAGCGCUACAGAGCUAAUUCUGUCAGAACGCAUUGCGACAAGCACGACAUUGGUAUUGGGACGUGCUGCGGGGCCCGGGAAGUGACGGAGGAGGACUACUCGAUGGUCGAAUUUGGGGGCGACGUGCAGACGGUGACGCGGCGCGGUCCGUGACUCGGCGUGGUUUCCUUCAACUUGAAUUUUGGGAAGAUGGCGUCGUGGCCGUGCGAGCGUCUACGCGUGACGCCGUCGUUCGACGCAGGCCGCGGGCGCUUCGCACCUGGCAGUGACGGGGAGAAGAGUGUCAAAAUUAAAAUUCAACAGCGCGUCGACCACGACUUCGCGAACCGACGCAUCUUCGAGCGGUCUCGUAUUAUAGAAGAGCAAGGCGUCACACGUCGUACAGUCCGAGAGCGCGACGCCGAGGGUCUCGAGAGGAGCGAAGCACGGCUGGAGCGACUAGAUGAAGAUCUAGAAUACUUGAGAGAUGUGGAAGCGGCGAACGAGGCCGUCGGCAAGGCGCUGCAAAAACGAAUCGUGGCGUUCGUGCAGGACGCCGUGGAACAGAACAAGGACGAUAAAAACCCGCCGGUGCGUAUCUCGGCGUCCCGUCGUGUGGAGGCGCCUUCACGCCGUCGACGCGCGUCGUCUCGAUCAGAGAAGGCGCGGGCUGGUUUCUUUUUCGAGUUUGAGUGAGUUCGGACGCGAUGCGAGAGAAAUGCUCCGCGCAGGCCGAGUGGGAUCUAGCGAUGCGAGGGAUCAAGGUGAGACAGAAGCACCUGCAGUACGCCAUCGACGCCGUCGACAAGGCCCUCUGGUGGGGCGAGGAAGCUUUACGCUGCCACUACCGGAGGCACAAGGCCUCGCAGCUCUUCUCCAGACAAUGCGACAAGAAGCAGGACUGGCUGUACGACGAAGCGCACUACUGUAGACAGUUGCGUAGUGUCAUGGAGGAUCGCCUCGCAAAAGCACCUAGGACAGUAGCCCAGAGGUACUACGUAUCUUGGCUCGAAGACCAACUCCGAAGACUCAAAGAGCAGUACGUCGCGCUCGACUCCGAACAGGAGCACACGCUCCACAAGGAGGCCAAGCAACUCCACGAAUUGUUGGAAGCGGACGCGUCGACGACUGCGGUCUUGGACGAGCUCAUCACCGGUGCGUACCAGCGUCCCGUACUUCAUGACGGUGUCGACGUGACUCCUGUCCGUCAGACGAGGUGGUGGGUGGUUUCUUUUUCGAAUUUGAGGCCAUUCGGACCGACGUCGUGACUCCGGCUCGACGCGGUCCGAAUCGGCCCAAAUUUGGACCAGAGACCACCCAUCGCCAUCUCUGAUGGACACGAGUCGCGUCGACGCCGCGAGAGUGCCCAAACACCGCGGCAACACGCGAAACCGCCGCCACACGCAGGCCUGAUUGCAGAUUACAAGCUCGACGCCGAGAAGUGCGGGGUCCGUGACUCAGCGUCGUGAAUGAACUUGAACUUGAACUUAUCUUCAUGAGACGGCGUCGCCGCGACGCCAUCGAUGCGAGACAACGUCGGUGCCACACAGCUCGAAUUGAAGCGUCUCGAGAAGGACCCCGAGUCGCCCGACGCGCUGGAGCUAUUACGACAAAUAACAGCAUUGAAGCAAAAACAAGAGCUCUUACAUAAGGGGCCCUUCUUGGCGUCUCAACGGGCGCUCGAGUCGCUGCAGGCUGCGGAGGAUGCUCGUCUAGAAGGUAGUGUGGCCUUUCGGGGGGACGAGUCCGGCAUCUCUCGCGAACGGUUGGAGCACAUCCAGUGCGUGCUCCGGAAUCCCCGGAAAGUGCCCAGUCACUUGGAUGCGGCGAAGUGGAUGGAUAUUUUCCGAAGCCAACCGUGGCUCGUGCAGCAGGAUGUCGACGAGCAGAAGCGGAAGGAAUUGUAUGACCAAAAAUUGGCGAAGUUGAAGCAGAUGGCGCUGACUCAGUGUUGAAGUUGAACUUCAACGUGACGUGGUCGCGGCGAUAGCGUGCCACACCGCCUCGACGCCGUCGAGGCGCGCGCGCGAGGGGCGCCACGAGACCCUCGCAACACACAGGCGGCCAUCGUCGAGAACAAGCGCGAAGAUUUGGCGAGAGACGCGGCGCGCCUCGAGCGCCUCGAGAAGAAGAUGGCGGACCACGAGCAGCUCCGGGAUAGCGAAGACGCGGACGUGACCGAGGAGCAAAGGGCCGACGCGCGGAACUACGUCGCGACCAACAGUGGUGCGCUCGCCGCGUUUUGAAGUGCUUAGGCGCCUUCACGCCGUCGACGCGACUCGUGGCCAUCUCACGAUGCCGGGGGUGGUUUCUUUGUCGAGUUUGAGCUGUUUCGGGCUGCGUCGGGGCCGUCGCGGCGUGUCAGAGAGACAGCGGUCGCAUCGAUGGCGUCUUCACGAGACAGCGCCGCCGCAACGCCAUCGUCGUGAUCCCACGAGAGUCUACGUGGUCAUCAGGACGCCGUCGACGCGAUGCCACAUCGGACCGCGUCGAGCGACCGCGACGCGCCGCGCAGGCGUCCUCGAUGAUAAAAGAGCCGACUUCCACCGGCGCAAGGAGUCCCUCGAGAAGCUCGAGAAGCAGCUCGCCGACUACCAGGCGCUCCUUGAGGAAGAGGACCGCGAGGCGACGGAGCGGCUCGAGAGCGCGCGCCUCGCCAAGGCCGAGUUCGAGGAACGCGAAGGCGCGGAGGAGGACGCGCGCGCCGCCGAGUUGCAAACCAAGAAGAAAGCUUUGGUCAAAGAGCUCGGCGAGGUCGACUUGCAGAUUGUCCAGCACGAAGACGAGGGCCUCGCGACGGAUGAGUUAGAAACUAAAAAAUCAGAACUGGAGGAGGCCAUCGCCAAGGUCGACACGGAGUUGAGGCAGAUGCGGGAACGAGCGGAGCGGCGGGCUCAAUUGGCGCAAUUCAACGAAGGCGUGUACCCGUGUCUCGCGAUCUCGGCACCGCGGCCAUCUGAGAGGCCCAAACUCGGACACGACGUCCCUCUGAUACAAUCGACCGAGUUGAGCGAGUAGCAUCUCUCUGCGACCGCGAAUUGAGGCGCUUGAACUUUGAUUUCCACACAGGCGAGCUCGAGCGCGAGAAGGCCGCGAAGGCCAAAAAAGCGCUGCAGGAGAAGUUGAGAGCGGAUAAAAAAGCGGAAAUAAUGGAUAGGAUGCGCCGGAAGCAGCAGGCGGCGGAGGAGCAGCGCGAGAAGGACGAGGUCGAGGCGCAGAAGCGGCGCGAGGCGCGCGCGCGGCGUCCCGUACGGUGCCUUCAUUCGACGCGACUCGCCUCCAUCAGAGCCGAUUCGGACCGCGUCAUGCCCCGCGCAGGUCGAGGCCGAAAAACAGGCCGCGUCCGGCCUCGCGAAGAUGGGUUUGGUCGAUCCUAGUUUGAGGAAGAAGGAGCACGGUCCCAAGGCCGCCGCCAAGAAGGCGCAGCGCCUCUACAAUUCGGUGGUCCACGGCGUGCCCGACAAAAAGGCCGAGCAGCAGGAAACGUCGAACAUGACGCAGUCCUGCGCCAGUGUCCUUACGCCAUCGACGCGCGUCGUCUCCAUCUCCUGAUGACGUGGGUGGUCUCGUUUUCGAUUUUGAGCCGUUUCGGACCGCUUGCGCCUCGUGAGAGUGGUGGUCGCGGCGAUGGCGUCGUCAUGAGGCCACGCCGCCGCGACGCCGUCGUCGUGAUCUCGUGAGAGUCUACGCGCCAUCGACGCGACGCGCCACGGUAUCGACACGACGCAGGUCCAUCAUGCGCCGCCAGAAGAUGAAGAUGGGCACGUGUAGCGCGCUGCGAAAGAUCGCCUUCACCGUCGGAAAAGAGGAAACGGACCAAUUCCAAAGACAGCAGGACGAGCUCGCGGAGCACUCGUGCGACGCCGUGUCUGCGCGCUACGCGGUCGUCUCCGUCAGAGAAGGCCGUGGGUCGUCUCACGGACCCGCGCGCAGGUUGCCCCACUUAUUGAGAGUCAAGAAGACGGUGGGCCUCCACGAGAUGGUCGUGAUUUGGUACGAGCCUUCGUCGGACCAGGACGAGUUCCUGACGGAGCUCCAGCUCGCGCACCCGGCGCGGACGCGGCGUCUUCGGUGAUCUUGAACUUGACCUUGUGAAGAUGGCGUCUUCUUGAGACGGCGUCGUUCCCGCGCAGGCGCUCGACCACCAGCACUACAAAAAUUUGGCGGAGAAGAACUACAGGCAGUACACGCACGACGCUUUAUUACCUACCGCACCGGCGCAACCAGGUUUAGUCAUGUGGGGCCGCAAAAGAUCAGAUGCGGUCAUGGUCGUGGCGGCCGUCGAAGUGACGUACAACCUCCAGGACGAGCGCGAGCUCGCCGCGGACGGCUUCGAGAAGCUCCCGGAAAAUCUGUUAGAUUUAGGCUUCGGCGACAUGUUUAUUUGGAUAAAAAAAAUAAAUCGGAACCUCGAGACCAAUGUCGAGAACGAGGAGACGAUCUUGAAUGAGUUGAAGGCGGCGCGGAAGGAGCUGAAGAAGAGGGAGGACGAUCCGAUAUUACUGGACAAGAUCAAGGCCCUCAAGUUACGACUGGAGAAAGUGAAGCAGGAAAGUGAUUUUAGGGACGAGUACAAAGAUGAUCCGUAUACGCAGUGUCUUGUGAGACGUCUGACCGCGCGAGGACGACCUCGAUACACUGAUCCUGCUGACGAGAUUACUUGAAAGUUAUCGUUUAAGCCGAGCGCACGUCUCACGCCGUCGCUGUAGACGCGUCGCUACGACACCUCACGCUACAACACGCAGGCUCAAGUUCGCCAUCGAGUUCGCGGCCAUCGGCCAGGCGGAGAUCGAGGGCUGGCUCUCGUACUUCGAGGACAUGGACGUGAACGAACUUGGAGCUGUGCGAUCCCGGCGUGUUGUGGUGUCUUCACUUCCUUGUCAUGAUCUCACGAUGCCGGGGGUGGUUUCUUUGUCGAGUUUGAGCUGUUUCGGACCGCGUCGGGGCCGUCGCGGCGCGGUCGCGUCGAUGGCGUCGUCACGAGACGCCAUCGUUGUGAUCCCACGAGAGUCUCCGUGGUCGUCAGGACGCCGUCGACGCGAUGCCACAUCGAUGCUCCGCGCAGGUGUCCUCCAAGGAGGUGCUCGACUACCUCGGCUUCCGCGACUCGAAGUUCAUGCACGCGGCCUUCCAGCUGUUGGGCGAGCCCUGGGACGGGUCGCGCAUGGACUUCGGCGAGACGGUGAAGUGCAUCGCGCAGUUCUGCAUGUUCGGUAUGCUGACUCAGUGUUGAUGUUGAACUUCAAGAUGAUGUUGAACCACGCAGGCAAGGACGAACUCCUCCACUUCGCCUACCAGAUCUUCGACGCCGACGACAACGGCUGGAUCUCGCACGAGGAGUUCAUAUUGUUACUGUCGGACUUACACCCCUCCACCAACAGGGGAAGGACCACAAGAGCUCUAAGGGAGAUCGAUCUGCUCGACGACGGCAAGCUCGAGUACGGGGAGUACCUGGAGCUGAACCGGCGCUUCCCGAACUUAUUUUAUCCGGUCGUGGAAGCGCAAGAUAAAAUGAGGCAGAAGUUUUUUGGGACGAAGCACUGGCACCGACUCAGCGUUUUCAGUGUUCUUGAACUUGAGGGGGUCCCGUCAGAGAGUCUACGCGUCUUGUGAGGCAGUUUCGUGACGGUGUCGUUCGACGCAGGCACCGGAAGCUCAAGAAAUACCAGAAGAUCAAGGCCGGCAUCCGGCGCGCGCGGAAGAACAACACGGACAAGAUGAUGGAGGCCGAGAACCGCGGUAAAAGGCGGUUGCAGAAACGGGAAAGAAGGUUGGCCGAGGCGCGCGCCAAGGCGCAGGCGACCAAAUCAACCCUGAAGAAGACGAUCUUGAACGCUCAAAUAUGGGCCUUGAAGGUCGAGGGCCGGUGGGACAAGGGCGGCAAGAAAAAAAUCAGGGCCAAGAAGGUCGGGCAGCUCUAGGGAUUGUGUGUGUAACGACUGUGUGCUAUAUA